GCAGCAGAUCAUACCCGGGCAUAGGCGCAGGCUGUGUGGGCAGAGGCUGCACAGCACCGCCCCCCAGCGCCUCUGCAGAGCGCCGCUUCCGCCUCCCAGCCCCGGCCCGGCAGCCUGAUGGGAUGCUGGGGGAAUGUUUGAGGCGGGCUCUUCAGGGAGACCCAGGUGCUGGGACAACGUCCACGGACCGCUAGUCCUUAUCGCUACAGUAUUAUAACACAUCAGCAUUACUGUGUGCUGAGCCAUUUUGGACACACACACACACACACACUGGUCGACGGGGCAGACUGUGCAAGCUCGUUUCUCUCUCUCUCUUUAUCUGUGUGCUGUAGAGAAACAAGGAGCAGACACGGAAGUUGCUGGAUGGCAGCUCUUUUCCAGAAGUUCAACAUGAAGACCGGGAUUGUUCUGAUCCUGCUCGCGGCUCUCACAUGUGGACUCGUGCAGGGGGAAGACAAUGCACCCGAGGAGGUGCAGGUGGAAACCGUGGUGAAACCAGAAACUUGUUCUGUACUUUCCACAAUGGGAGACACGCUGCGGAUCCACUACACGGGUAAACUGCAGGAUGGAAAGGUGAUCGACUCGUCACUGUCUCUGGACCCUCUUGUUGUCGAGCUGGGGAAGAGGACAGUCAUUGCUGGUCUGGAGCAAGCCUUGGUUGGUGUAUGUGAAGGGCAGAAAAUCAAAGCCACUAUUCCAUCUCACCUUGCUUACGGAAAAAAAGGUUACCCUCCUACGAUUCCAGGUGAUGCUACUCUUGAGUUCGAGGUGGAGGUGGUUUCCCUGAUGCAGCAGACGCAGUGGCAGAAAAUGGUCAACGACGUGUUCCCCCUCGUGUGUUUGGCCCUGGUGCCCACUCUGCUCGGCAUGGUGGGACUUUACCUCUACAAAAAGGCCAACGCCGAGAAGCCAAGCAAAAAGAAGGCAAAGGAUAAGAAGAGCAAGAAGAAAUAAGAACAAAAGCACAGAACUAUUUAAAUAAA